UUUAAAACUUAUAAACAUGGUUGUUUAUAUCAAAAACAACUUUUUGUCGGUUUCUUUAGUAAUCCUUUUUUUUCUUGUUGCCUCAUCAAAUGGAAGAUUCGAUAUGAAAAUUUCAGUAAGUGAGAUUAACACCAUCUGCUCAGAAGGAGCGAAUCCUUCAUUCUGCUUUCAAUUCUUUAAGUCAACUCCUGAAACUAAAACAAUGGAUCUUUCGGGUGUUGCGGAGUUUUUAAUCAAGUAUGCAUCACGAAAUGCAAUAGACUUAAGCAACCAAUUCAAAUCACUGGUAAAGAGCCCGGUUGAUCCUCGUUCCAAGAGUAUUUAUGCUGAAUGUUCACAACUUUAUGAAAUUGCAGUUAGCAACUUUGAUGAUGCCCUGAAAGAUUUGGCAGCAAAGGACAAUUUGAGCCUUAACGUUAACGUCUCGGCUGCGAUGACAGAUGGAGUCACGUGUAAAGACGAUUUGGUUAGUGUUAGACCUAGUCCAAAACUCUUGAAGAAAAUUUCUGAUAUUGAUAAUCUGUCGGCCAUCGUUUUGGUAAUUUCUAAAAUAUUACCUUGAAACUAAAAAUAUAUGUAUAAGUCAAUAUCAUAUAA